CAUCGGAGCUUGCUGCUAAGAAAAAAAGCCAAUCGAAUCGAAUUUAGGGUUCAACUUUGCCGGAUUUAUCAAGAGAGAGGGGUUUCUAUGGGGAGGAACGGGAUUGGGAGCACGGGAGGGAAGAAGAAUGGGGCUGGGCAGUUCUUUCUAGCGACGCUGCUUCUUUGGCUUGUCUCCGUCGUGUUUGAGAUUGUUUUCAAUCUCCGGACCGAGCUUCUCUGGGUUAUUUGCGGUGGAGUCUUCUUUCAAUUGAUAAAUUGGGUGGUUCGUUCAUGGAUUUCUCGUGACCCUCUUUUUGUUAACACCUCUGUCUCGCUUUUGCACUCUAUUAUCACCUCAGCUUCAGUGGUUUUCAUUCUGCUCAAUCAAUACUUAGCCAAAGGGUUAGACGAGAUGUUCGAUCAUUCUGAGUUGGUUGGUGGUAGUUGGAAAUGGGCAUACCCAGCUUUGUGUUUCUCAUGCGGCUACUUUGCUUACGACCAGUGGGAUAUGCUUCAGUACCGAUUAUAUAGCGGCUUAAUACCUUCCAUUCUAGUUCACCAUCUCGUCCUCCUUGUUUGCUUCACAUUGGCUCUCUACCGAAAUGUAACUAUCAAUUACCUGAUUCUUACUCUCAUUUGUGAGAUGAAUUCGAUCUUUCUACAUGUGAGGAAGCUAAGGAGAAUGGCAGGAAUCCGAGACAGUAACACAGGAUUAGUGAAACUGGAGUGGGUACUGAACUGGAUAGCCUUUGUGUUUGCGAGGUGCAUUCCUCAUAUUCUCAUCACUGUCAAGCUAAUCAAAGACGCACACAAGUUUGGGAAAGGCGUGGAGUUACCGCUAGCUCUGUCUGGUAUGGUGGGAAUGAACAUUCUCAACGUCGGCCUAGGAUUGGAUCUGUUUCAUGCUUUUAGAAGAGAGAGAAGUGCCAAAAGAAAUCAAGAGAACAUCAAUCAUCACAACCAUGGAGAAUAGUAGCCAACUUAGACGCCAUUCGCUGCAGAAUCUAUGGAUUGUUCACUUGUUGUAUGACUACGACCCAAUCAUCCGUUGUUUAUAUCUCUGAAGUUGUAUUCAGCUUAAAGGGAAAAAAAAAAACUAUUUGUACAUGUUAUUUAUUGAUGAUUACAAAUUUUAGGCUUACUCGGUGUUUCAAAUUCAAAUAAAGAGUUUUUGGUUCGA